AACGUGAAGGAGUUGCAGCAGUUCCUAGGCUUCGCUAAUUAUUACAACCGGUUCGUGCCACAGUAUGCAAAACUCGCAGUACCACUCACGAAUCUGCUGAAGAAGAACACGCCCUACAAUUGGGAGCCGAAGCACCAGGAAGCCAUGGAGCAGCUGAAACAAGCACUCACGUCCGCACCCGUACUCAUCUUGCCAGAUCCCGAAUGCGACUACGUAAUCAAAGCUGACGCCAGCGACCAGGCAGUGGGAGCAGUAUUAAUGCAAGAUCAGGGGAAUGGACAGCAACCAAUCGCCUACCUGAGUAAGAAACUACACGGGGCAGAACUAAACUACCCGAUACACGACAAAGAGGCCCUUGCCAUCGUCAUCGCCUUCAAAGCGUGGAGAUGUUAUCUCAAAGGACGAAGAACGACCGUCUACACCAACCAUUGCAGCCUGAAAUGCUUGAAGACACAACCCAACCUUUCCAGGCGGCAGGUCCGGUGGAUCGACUUCCUCGAGACACACUUCCACUACGACAUCGUGUAUAAGCCCGGCCACAAAAACAAAGCAGACGCCCUCAGCCGGCCUGCACACCGGUCAUGACGCAAUCCUUGUCGUCAUCGA